AUGUUCUCGAGACAUGUCUUAGCCUCUUCUUAUAACAAUUUUCACAAUGCAACUGCUAACUCCUCUAUCACCGAAGAGGUCAAAGGCAAACAUUCAGUCAAGAAGCUACAAGGCGCAUACCAGAAUCGAGCCGGGUUGGAAGUUCCUGCCACUUUCAGACUGGACAGCAACUUCGUAUCUGACUCGCAGCAGAUGCGGCAGCUGGAUAUCAUGAAUAAUAACAUUAUUGUCUUUACAGCACAUGAAGCAGAGAUGGUGCAAGACGCCCCAAAUCCGAACGUUUCUUCUCCAUCAAGAGCUCCUCUUCGUCCUACUAAUACCCAGCUCCCUGCGAACCCAGCCCUAGUAGAAGUCAAGCCUCAGGACAGACUACUAAAGACAGAGAAUGGCUAUCUCGCACCCUUUGAGGUAUCAGAAAAUAUCCCACAGUUCCCAUUUGUUGCGGAAGUGAAGAGAGAACGUUCGCCGCAUUCGAAUGGACCUAUUAGCAGUGAGACUCGAGGGGAGGACGCAGGAUUUUCACAACAGCCCGUCGGACCUAACGGCUUCCAACCACCUGUCAAUGCCUGUACUUUAGCAAGCAGUUCUCCUGUGAAGCAGGAGAUAGUAACCACAGACAAUCCUGUGGCCGAAGCCGCCCCGUCCUUGGCUACUCCUGCACCAAAGCAGCCAUCUAUAAACGAUCGAGUCCAAAACUUAUAUCCAAUGGAAGCCCAGAGGAGCUAG